ACACAAAAGAAAAACAUUAAUGUCUGGUUGCCAGGUGUACCGUCAUCGUCAUCCCUCUUUAUUUUCUCUCCUCCUUCUCUCGCUCGCUCGCCAGAUCUGACGUCUCUCUUCCAUCUUCUUCAGAUCUCUCCCACCUCCGAUUACGUUUCCAGCUCAGAUUCCUCAGAACCUUUCCUACCGAUUCCGAUCUCUAUUCUCGCAUCUUUCUCCUGAAAGGUGAGGAUCUGCAAGUUUCUUUGCUAGAGUACGCAAAAAGAGUUUCAGGGGACUUGCUAUUGAAGAGGACAGUUCAUUUCAUCUGUUGCGACCAUGAAGAAAGUCUUUGAUCAGACUGUUAGGGACCUUAAGAGAGAGGUGAAUAAGAAAGUACUAAAGGUGCCCGGGAUAGAGCAGAAGGUUCUUGAUGCGACCAGCAAUGAGCCAUGGGGUCCUCAUGGAUCACAUCUGGCGGAUAUCGCACAGGCUACAAGAAACUACAAUGAAUACCAGAUGAUCAUGGCAGUGCUUUGGAAAAGAAUCAAUGAUACUGGUAAAAAUUGGAGGCAUGUGUACAAGGCACUGACUGUUUUAGAAUACCUGGUGGCACAUGGGUCUGAGCGUGUCAUUGAUGAGAUAAGGGAACAUGCUUACCAGAUAUCAACUCUAUCCGAUUUCCAAUACAUUGAUUCCAGUGGGAGGGACCAGGGGAGCAAUGUCAGAAAGAAAUCUCAGGCUAUUGUUGUACUUGUGAAUGAUAAGGAAAGAAUACAAGAAGUUAGACAGAAAGCACUUGCUAACAGGGACAAGUAUCGUGGUGCAUCAGCAACCGGUGGAAUGUACAGGCCCAGUUCCUAUUCAAGCACAGGUGGUGCAAAUGGUGAUCGAUAUGAUGAUGAUCGUUAUGGAUAUAGAGAUGAUGACCGGAAUGGGUAUGCGAGAGAAAGAGAAUGGGGUAACAAAGAUGAUGAUCGAUAUGGUAGAGGUGGGGACUCGUAUGGUCGGGGUGGUGACCGUUAUGGUAGGGAUUCUGAUGAACGAUAUGGAAGAGAUGGUUACAGAGAUGAUGAUUACAGGGGAAAUCGGAGCAACGAGGAUGAUCAUUAUGGGUCAAGAAGUAGGAGCUCUGAGAGAGAAAAAGAUCGUCCCUAUGAGGAUGAUGAUCGUUAUUCAUCUCGAAGUGGUGGCGGCAGACCUGAUGACCGGUCUCCAGAUGAAAGGCGGCUUGAGCGCAAACUGUCUGAACAGAAUGUGGGUGCACCUCCCACUUAUGAAGAAGCAACAACUGAUGCUCAAAACCAUACUCCAGAGGAAAGGGAUGGAAGGACCAUAGCGGCAGCACCUAAAGCAUCCUCUCCAACCCCUGGAAGCACCAUUCAAACUCAGGCCACAACUAUGGUUGAUGUAGCUGCAUCUUCCGCCAUCAAGGAAGUUGAUGCAUUUGAUGAAUUUGAUCCACGUGCUUCUGUAUCAGCUGCUCCACCACCCACUGCAAGCACUGGAGAAGUGGACCUCUUUGGUGCCUUCUCAGAUUCAGUUUCUCCAAAUGCAUUGGCUCUUGUGCCAGUGGCAUCAGUGACCACAGCUCCUGAGCCUAGUGCACCUGCAAAUUCUGGUUUUGGGGUUAACUUUGUGCCACUAUCAUCUGCAUCAACCGUUCUGAACCAGCCUGCUGAGAAUCCCUUUGGGGAUCCUCCUUUCAAAGCUAUUCCUGUCAAAGACAGUUUCACGGCUCAACCACAGGGAUUUGCAUCUACAGCUUCAUUCCAGCCGCCUCAUGCAAUUCCUGAAAGUUCAGCACCUCUCCAACCAGUCUCUAACUUUGAAUUUGCUGAUACAUUUCAAGGAAUUACUUAUGCUCCUCCCAGCAUUGCCAAUGCUCAGUUUCCCUCCACAACCUCUGAGUUUCCGCACCAAGUGCUGCCAACAGCACAGCCAAGCAGUGAUUUUCUUGACAGCCUUCUCUCACAGUCAGGGCCUGCAGCUACCGCAGUAGCUUCUCAGGCAGCUCUCCCGGCUGCAACUGGACCACAAAUGGGACCUGCAGCUACCCCAGUAGCUUCUCACGCAGUUCUUCCAGUUCCAACCGGACCACAAAUGGGGCCUGUAGCAACCCCGGUAGCAGUUUUCCCAGAUCCAACUGGAGCACCGGCUAAAGCUCAACCCCCGAAGGACAAGUUUGAAACCAAGUCGACUGUCUGGACUGACACGUUGAGCCGAGGUCUUGUCAACUUGAAUAUAUCAGGACCCAAGAUCAAUCCAUUGGCUGACAUCGGGAUUGACUUUGACUCCAUUAAUAGGAUGGAAAAGAGAAAGGAGAAGAGCUCUGCAGCUACUGUAACAUCUACUAUCACAAUGGGUAAGGCUAUGGGAUCUGGUUCUGGCAUUGGCCGUGCUGGUGCAACUGGUCUUGCACCUCCCCCAGGGCCCAUGUUGGGCAACGGAAUGGGCAUGGGUGGUGGUGCUGGUAUGGGAAUGGGCAUGGGAAAUGCAGCUGGCAUGGGCAUGGGUGGUUAUGGAGGAAUGAAUCGACCCAUGGGCAUGGUGGGAGGAAUGAAUCAACCCAUGGGGAUGGGGAUGGGGAUGGGCAUGAACAUGGGCAUGGGGAUGGGCAUGAACAUGGGCAUGGCUCAGGGAGCACAAAUGCGGCCCGCUGCUGGUUUGCCUCCUUCUGUGCCAGGCAUGCCUAGUGGAUACAACCCCAUGAUGGGUAUGGGUGGUUAUACUUCUCAACAACCAUAUGGAGGAUACAGAUGAAGCUCAAUCUGCUGCUGCAUUAAAGAAAAAAAAAACAGAGAAAAACAAAAAAAUCUUUCAGAUAGAAGAGUUUUGGUUGCUGGAGGUAAGCAAGUAUACAACACGCUCCUAUUGUUAUCAUAAUCCAUCUGUUUCAUAUAGUUGGUGGUUUCAUUGCACUAUUCUAAGCCCUGUUCCCCUUUUUUUUUUUUGUUACUGCUUGCCCUAGGUUUUUUGGGAGAAUUGCCUGUAGGGUAUAUAUAUACAUAUGUUUAUUCAUCUGGCCUAGGUUCAAUGUCAUUUGGCAACUCUCCUUGUAUUGCGAAUCUUAGUGUUGCUGCUGCUGCUUUCAGCUGUUGUGGGAGUUUCUACUGUAAUGAUGAUGAGGAUGAUGGACGGUUCUUGUUUCUUGAAACUAUUGAGAUUUAUUAUGGCAUGCAUGUUGAAAAAAAAAAUAAAAUUUGAUUAUUCUUUGUA